AUGAAGAUCCAGCAGGGCGGGUGUUCGGAUCCUGAUUGGAUGUGGCAUGCUGGACAUCUCCCUGAAUUAAACUCGAUUGGAGGAAAGGAAUUUGGAAGGUUAGCAGAGGCACUCAAGACCAGCUCGACUCUGAUCACUUUGGAUAUCUACAGCAACUCGAUCGGAGACAACGAAACCCAGGCGCUGUCUGAAGCACUCAAGACCAACUCGACUCUGACCACUUUGAACUUGAUGAGUAGCUCGAUCGGAGACAACGGAGCUCAGGCGCUGUCUGAGGAACUCAAGACCAACUCGACUCCGACCACACUGGAGUUGUACAGCAACUUGAUUGGAGACAACGGAGCCCAGGCGCUAUCUGAGGCACUCAAAACCAACUCAACUGUCACCAUUUCACGCUGA